AUGAAUAGAGGUGUAUUCAAACGUGUUUUACGGCAUUUUCUGUCGUAUAGUAUAAAUAAAUGUGAUCUUAAUACGAUGGUAGGAAAUGUUAAUUUCUUUUUGAGAGCGUUGACUGUUAAUAUUGAUAAAAGAAAUACUAAACCGAUAUCUGUGAUAUCCUAUAUCCUAACAAUAAUUGGUCUAAUCUGUUAUUACUACGUGUAUGUGGUUUCUGUGGCUUGGUAUGUAUAA